CGUGUCGGUGAGGACUCACUUUGUAUAUUCUCGUCGGCAGAUGUGACAGUGUGAGCGCAGACAGACAGACAGACAGACGGACAGACAGACAGACAGACAGACAGACCGCCUCCUCCAGCAGCUCACAAUGAUCCAACUCCUUCGCUGUCGACCCGGCUGCUGCCUUCAGAAAACUCCAGACCAGACUGUCACGGAAUAAAUAAAGUCGUCAGUUCCUGAGAAAAGCGCCAAGAAGCCUCUUUUCUUUGCAGCAGGAGUGCUCACCAGUUAAACUGCCAUCGCGGGUUUUACCCUUAGUGUUCGACCACCGGCUCACCUGCAGAAGCCAAACUAUGCGCUCCCAGGCUGCGGUCCCCCGGUUUAUGUCCCUCUUAUUCGUCCUCUUCCUUCCCCCUGUUUCUUCCUCCUCCUCCCGUCCCCAGUGGGUUCUACAGCGCGUCCCUGUGGUCCUCCCACAGCAGACGGAGGCUCGAUCAGCCCCUCAUUUCCUGUCUCCGGCCCGCUUGGAGGUCAGCUCGCCCUGUGACCCAGAAUGCCACAAAAGGGCCCCUCGCCCGAGCUACUGGGACCUGCGGAGUCUUCUGGCCUAUGAGACACUACACUCUGAUGGUCAACUUACUGAGACCGCCAUUGGGAUCUAUGGCUACGACCCCAGUUCUAACACCAGCCCGGCCUACGCCUCAGGGUCGUCUGGGAAGGCUGAGCGGUCACAUGUCAGGAGGAAGCGACAGAUCUUCGGCCAUGAUGGGCGUUUUAGCAUUGCUGGGCAGAACUUCCUGCUUAAAUAUCCAUUCUCUGUGGCUGUCAAGCUGUCCACUGGGUGUUCUGGUACAUUGGUGGGGGACCGUCAUGUUCUCACAGCGGCUCAUUGCGUUCAUGAUGGGAAAAACUAUGUGAAAGGAGCCCAGAAGCUCCGGGUUGGGUUUCUAAAAACCAAGCAACGAGACACACACGCUUCUCCCUUUUACCUUCCCUCGAACUUCACCAACCAUGUUGAAGGUGGCUCUGCUCCUUACACUCCACCAACCAACGACAAAAUGAAGUUCCAGUGGAUCAGAGCCAAGCGCACCCAUGUGCCCAAAGGAUGGAUUAAAGGGAAUGCCAAUGACAUUGGGAUGGACUAUGACUACGCUUUGCUUGAACUCAAGAAACCCCACAAACGCCGCCAUAUGAAGUUAGGAGUCAGUCCCCCAGCUCAGAGGCUGCCAGGUCGACGAGUCCACUUCUCAGGAUUUGAUAAUGACCGUCCAGGAAAGCUGGUGUAUCGGUUCUGUCGGGCUGGCGAGGAGACGUCAGACCUGCUGUACCAGCAUUGUGAUGCUCAGCCCGGUGCCAGCGGGUCCGGAGUCUACGCCCGGAUGUGGGACGGGCGGCGCCGGCGCUGGGAGCGGAAGGUGAUAGGCGUGUUUUCUGGGCAUCAGUGGGUGGAGCGACAAGGGGCGUCUCAGGAAUUUAAUGUAGCGGUGAGAAUCACACCUCUCAAAUACGCUCAGAUCUGCUACUGGAUAAAAGGAAACUUUGUGGACUGCCGAGAAGGGUAAGAGGCAUACCUAUGAAACCAUAGGCCCACUACAUCCUCACACAUAAUUCACAUAUUUACCCCACCACUUGUAGCACUGAUGUAACAUCAAAAUAAACAUUUUAUUUGUUGCCCCCCAUUCUCAGACGCCAAUACCAUUACUGUAAAUACAGACCUGACAGACGCAAAUCCACUAUUGACACUAUGUAAACAAGGCAAGUUCAUAUCAUUUAUGCUUAGUUUUUUUUAUUACUGGGGAAAGGUCAUGUGGUUUUGCAGAAUAAAUGCAGGCUUAUCUGGUUCUCGGAACAUUUGACUAGAUAACAAAGUUAUCUGGAACAUCCUCAGAUCUGAACAUGGACUAAUGUAAAACAGGCCCUCAGACGGAGAAGGACUGGGAAAAUGGUUUCAACAUACAUUCUAGCCUUUUAAUGUGCUAAUACUAAAGAUUGCACUGUUAAAACUCUUGUUAUUCUAUUGAGAAUUAUUUUUGUGGAUGAAUGUAUGAGUCAGCAACCAAAGGUGCAGUUUCUCUCCAAACUAUCAUAUAUUCUCUCAGUGGACACACUAGUUCUCUACCUGGUGUACUCUCUCAGCUAAAUAAACUGUGUUUUGAAUGAGCAUUUAACUUGUUAUACAGAAGGAUAUUAAAUGACUGCAGAUGCCAACGCUGCGGAUUACUUGUUGUAAGAAGCACAUUUUGUUGAGGGUUGUACUUUAAUGCUUAGCUCCCUCUGGCGGCAAAGAUAAAACAUUGCAGGUGUCCAACAUCAUGCAGACUAUAUAGCCCAGGACUAAAUAAGCACUUUUUACUCUCUCCCUGUUUAACAUUUGUGAAAUUGCAUUAUUUGUUUGAAAAACUGAAGACUGUGGCGAAAUGCAAUGAAAAAUGUGAUUAGAAAUAAGCAACCGGGUCACACUUGUCUUUUUAUGUAUGCACCAAAUAACAAGGCAAAUUCCUAGUAAGUGUUACUUACUUGGCAAUAAAUCUUUUUCUGAUUUUCUGA